UCCUCGCGGGGUGAAGAGAGCGGUGGGUCGAUUCUCUCCAGGGGCAGCAGAGCUCCUGGGAUAGUGAGCUUGGCUGUUGCUCAUUUGCUCGUAAGAGUCUCUUUACACACACUGGGUACCAAUGAACAAUAUUUUCUUGAGGUUGUUUCACCAAUGUCUUUCAUUCUGAAUCUAUUAAGAAACAUGCUGGCAUAUUUUGGUGUUCCCGUAGACCAGGAUUUGCUGAUUUGUGAAAAUAAAAACUAUGGGUCAGCUCGGAGUAUUGUUCGUAUUAUUGGGAGAAUGCUUCCUUUAGAGCCUUGCCGAAGACCUCGUUUUGAGUUGACACCACAUGUGAACUCUAAGGAGUCUGAUGAUUACGAACUUACGGUUCCAUCUUUUGCUGAUGUUUUGUGUGUGGUAAAUGAUGAAGAAGCCAGUUGUCUCAGAUUUCGACAUAAUAUGUGGAAAAAGAAGGAGGAAGGGAAGAUUGCUCCUUUUCAUCCUUCAAAACUACUUUGGGACCCGUCAUCCCCUGCUCUCAGACAGAACAAAACAGUGGCAGGUGACCUGCCUGUAAGCGAAGCUGCAGUGAAGAUAGCUGCCCUGGAGGAUGAGCUGGCCUUGCUCCGGGCUCAGAUUGCUGCCAUUGUGGCCAUGCAGGACCCGAGAGAGCGCAGAGAGACUGGCUUCACUGACUUAAGUGAUGGAACCAGCAUGGAGCAAGUGCCACCAUCAUCAGCGAUCACUGGGCUGAGUAUGGAACCAGACCAUGUUCCAAGUGUGGUGCUUCUUCCUCCUCUUCCUCCUCCUCCUCCUCCUCUUCCUCCUCCUCCAUUUUCUCUGCAGCCUCCAAGUGCUCUUCCCAUGCAACCUGGAUCUGCUAAUUCACGUGACAUAGGUAGUUUGGCUACUGAAGUGAAAAGGCAGCUCUCAGGUGUUAAGAUGACCAAUGAUAGCCAUCAUUCAAACAGCCAGGGAGUCUGUGAUGUUCCAAACAUGUUGGAUGUUCUAAAGGAUAUGCAUAAAGUCAAACUUCGGCCUGUGGAAAGGUCACCAGGUGGUAGACCCAUUCAGAAGAGGAAAAGACAGAGUUCACAAUGGGAUCCAGUGUCUUUAAUAUCUAAUGCCCUGAAGCAGAAGUUUGCAUUUCAAGAUGAUUCCUUUGACAAAGAAAAUAGAUCUUGGGAGUGUUCUCCAUUUUCUAGUCCAGAAACUUCAAGGUUUUGAUGUCACAUUUCUCCAACAGAAAGUCAGCGACCUAAGGGAAGGAGUGAUAAUAUGAAAGCAGUUAUCCAGGGUAUCAGAAGCAAACGCAGUGCUGACACUUGGAAGGACAGAUCCAGAUGUGCCAUGUGGCAUCCUUCACUGCCUGUCAGAGAACUCCCACUUCUGUAAGGGUGAUCAGGCUGUACUCUGGGACCUAUCUUCACCCAGCCCGAGGAAGACACUUAAGAAUACUGCCCCUGGUUUCAAGAUGUGGCAUUUAUCUGCUACUGGAGAGAGUUGGGUGUGUAGAUUCCCCACUUUAUGUGAGUGCUACUGAAAAUGAAUUACAUGGUUCAGUGAGUUUCCUAAAAUUAUGGCUUGCUACUGAGGCUCCUUUCAGUCUUGUGAGUUGUGUGAUACAGUUUAUUUGGCCUUCAGCAACUUGCAGAUUUUUAGUGAGCAGAAUAUGAUGAUUGUUUUUUAUUAAGAUAGUCAUGUUUUUUUAUUAAGAUAGUCAAAGUUUUAGUCAUGUAGGGUUGAACUUUCUAAAACUUCCUGAGGUAAUAAAUUAUUUGACUGUAAAGUACUGCAAGUAGAAAUAGACCCUUGAUAAAUUCCAUCCGCACUGGCUUUGCACACACAGACAGAUGGCUGGUGUGUUCCCUUGAUAAGUUUCAUGCACAUUGGCUUUGUAUACAGACAGCUGGCAUGUUCCCAUUGUUCUUUAUUAUGUUUGCACCCUGUUUUUUGUUUUUGUUUUUUUGUAAGUAUAUUAUAAAAUAAAUGGAUCUUUUGAUCUUG